AUGGUAGGCGUGACUCCUCAUUUAUUCGGCCGGAAAUUCAAGCUGGACGACCCAAAACUUCACAUCCUGGCGCAUGUAACCGAAGCCAAGGGAGCGGAAGGCGAUGCGAGGACGGAGCCAGUCUCGUUCCGCAGUUGGGACGAUCGGUUAUCCUCGACGUGUCUUCAGUUAAGCACGUCGUCGGGCGAGUUUAUACAACAGGCGUCAAGCGCUCGGGAGAAUGGUGCCCUCACGGAGCAUCUAAAAAAAACUUUACCUACCGAUCAGAUUCAGACUGGGAUCCAUAGAGAGCCCAAGGCAAAAGACACAGAGCGAUCAAGCUCUAACGUUACGUCCAAGAGUAGAGUCUCUUGGGUGACAGUUCCAAAAAACGAGUUGAAACACUAUAAUGAAGGAAUAGCAACGAGAAAAGAUGUCAGUGACAGAGAGCACCCAAGAGAUAUGAUUUUAGAUAGUACGUUGAAUCAAUGCUUCUCAACUCUUCCUGAAGAUUGUAUUAUCACAUGCACGCUCGAUUGUUGUGCAAGUGGGAGAAUGAUUAAUCUUCCGACAAAAGUGAUAGGAGAUGGGUUUAGAGGAAAGGUCACGUACUCGUCGGGAAAGGCGUCUGAUUUACACGAGAAUGAGCACGCUAAAAUAGGCGAUAUUUCAAGCCAUUCUAAUCAGAUCACCAACAACUCGAAUCCGGCUGAAGAUACAUCCGGGGUAGGAGGAACUAUAGAAGCCUUCGCUCGACUCGUCUUUCAACCGCUCAAUGUUGACCCUGUGAUGGUAACGUUACACGAGAACAUUCCCGAAAGAGAGAAAGCAAUGAACCGCGUGAAAGCCCGGAUUCUAUCUUGGAGUGCUAGUCAUCAGCGUCAAGAAGCUUGGGAUCAUAACGAUGGCAGCGCGGGACUGUUUACAAAGUCUUUCACCCAAGCAUGCAAAGAGCUGAAAGCGACCCAAUCUGGAACAUUUACCUAUAAGCAACUUUACCAUAAGGCCAAUGAACUUGUCUCUCGACAGCGGGAAGAAGCUACCCAUCCCCGUCCCCAAUUUGUCCAAUUGUGGAGUUCGUUGGAGGAUGAUGAACAAGACACCAAGGAUAAGUUGUUAGAAUCUCUCGUUGUCUUUUAA